GUACCGCAGGGCAUCAAUCUGAGUGGAGGACAGAAACAGCGGGUGAGUCUGGCCAGGGCGGUCUACAGCUCCGCAGACGUGUACCUUCUGGAUGACCCACUGUCUGCGGUAGACUCACAUGUGGGGAAACAUCUGUUUGAGAGGGUGAUCGGACCCAAAGGACUGCUCAAAGACAAGACUCGUAUCCUGGUAACUCAUGGGAUCAGCUUCCUGCCGUAUGUAGAUGAGAUUGUUGUCUUGGUGAAUGGGGUGGUGUCUGAGGUAGGAUCAUACGAUGGCCUUCGAGCCAGUAAAGGAGCUUUCUCUGAAUUCCUGGAAACGUACGGCAAAGACGAGAGCAGCAACGCUAAUGCCAAUAAAGGUUUGUCUCCCAUCCAACAU